CCAAUAAUCCCCCUUUUCUUUACCUUCCCUUCCCCUCUGUCCCUUCCUCUGUCUCCUCCUUUCACCCUCUGUAACUCUGUUCCGCUACCUUCUCCUUCUGCCCCUAUCCCAAUUCUUUCUCCUCGCCCACUGCGCUUCUCCCCACCACAGGCCCCCUCCUCCAGGCUCGCCCCCAGCCUCCUCCGAGUGAUGUGGCUGGGCCUGGCAGAGUGCGCUACUGCUUCUCAGUUGGUAAACAUAUAUGGACGUGACGUGACAACUCGGCUGCAUAUCGUUUGUGAAGCUCCACUGCGCCACAAGUGCAUGACUCCUCUUAAAUUCGUGGGUUAUCAAAUGUUCAAUUUAGGAGCCUGAGAUGUCAGCUGUUCAGAUGGGUGUGACCCCUCCAGGUGUCACCUAUGUUAUGAGUGAGGUGCACAAGAGGCAGAGAGAUUUUUUAGCCACAGAGUGUGUGGCCACCCAAGUGAGUCAUCACUUGCAACGUAAACUGGACUUAAAUUCUGCAUCUUUUCUAAGUGAAGCCAAAUUUCACUUCGUGGGCAGUGCAGCUGAAAACCUUGUAACUUCUAUCAGUGAUGACAGAGACCUCCUUUUAGUACUUGGACCUCCAUACACUCUACAGUACUUUAAGGCUGUGCAUGAAGGACAUGGACGGUAUUUUAUGAAGUGGAAUAAAUGCAAAUGGAAUGGGACUAAACCCCGCUAUGUUAAUGAUGAGAAUUACCUCUCGGCAACUUCUCUUCGGAAUCAUGUAACCUCCUGUGUGCGUUCAUCAUUAGAGGGUGCGACAAUAUCAGAGAAGAAGGUGGUCAAGAUACUGGUUUGGAAGCAGGCAGUGCGGGUCAUCUUAAAAGAUGAAUAUGACGGAACCAAGCAUAUUGUUGAUGUCAUCCCACAGAUAAUGGGGGGUAAGUGGAGCACAGUAGAUGGACUAGUGUCCUUGGGAAGCCUGGAACCCGAGUUACAGAAAUUAAUUACUGAAAUUGAAGCUGCCGGAAACUCUGCCAUACUGUAUUCCCUCUUUGGUGCUGCUGGUACAUCUCUGCACACUUUCACUACCAAUUAUUCAAUACUAGAAAGAGAAUUCUUUCUCAAAAAUCAUGGCUUGCGAGAAGUGGUUAUGUUAGCAAAGUUGAUCCUUAGUGGCCACCACUGGAAGGACAAGUAUGGUAUUAAAGCUGCACAUCUCAAGCGAGUUGCUUUAGGAAACAUUACCACUCUCGGUCAACUUAAUCCAUGGCAAGGUAUGCAACAUCUCUUCCACCUGAUGGUAUCACAACUACAAACUGGCUACUUAGAUGGCUUCCCAGACCUGCACUGUGACCUCCUUUGGCACAAAACUGAAGAAGACUGUCAGUAUUUGGCCAAGGCUAUUAUGAAUGUAAUGAUGACCCUUGACCCAAAAUUCCUUGCAAAUUACCUGUAAAUGAGUAGACCUCAAAACAAGUCAUAAAUACACACACAAGUGUAUGAACAUUGUACACAGUAUUUAAUUCCAGAAGAAUUAAUAUCUAUUGUAUUAUAAUUUGUGAUUUUUAUACCAAUUAUUUUUUUUUUUAAAGGCAGGAGCUAUUCAUAACUGGAGUUGGGUUUGUAAUGUACUUUUAUGGAUAAGGAGAAAAUGACCUAGAGUCUAAGGCUUAGACAGUCGGAUCUGAACAGGUUUGUUAAGAUAAGAUCUUUAGAUUUUAUUCAUCAAGAAUUAUAAAUGAGUUGUAUGCCAAUGAUCAUGAUAUAAUCACACAAAGAACUCUCUUAGAUAAAUAGCAUCAGCUUUUUCAGAAGUUAUUAUAGUAUAUCUUUUCUUGAUUAUCAUAAAUUAUUUUUUGCAAUCAUUAAGGAUUGUGAGGAAAUGUCUGUGAUACAUUCACAUUUUCAUAAUGGAAUAUUAAACUAAUAUAAGCUAGA